GAGGGGAGGAGAGAGAGAAAUACUGAGAGACAGAAACCUCUAUAGUUCAGAAGUAGUGUCUCUUAAUUGAUCAAAGAGAAGAAGGGCUUUCUUUUGUUUCAUUAUUCCUCCUGUGGGUGAGAAAAAGGAACAAGAGUUAAUUCACUUCUUCUUUUUUGGGGGAAAUAGUGUAGUUUCUCAUAGCUUUAGUCAGUUUUCUUCACAUUCCCCACAGUUACAGACAAUAAGGACUCAACACGGAGGCCCACCAGGGAUUGAAAGAUGAACAGCACCCUGUCCAACACCUCCAUCAAGUGUGUCCGGGAUACCAGCAUUACAGCUGUGGUUUUCCCUUGUCUCUACAGCCUCCUCUUUAUAGUUGCCCUGAUACUGAACUCCCUGGCUGCAUGGAUCUUCUUCAGGAUCCCCAGCACAUCAACAUUUGUGGUUUUUCUAAAAAAUGUGGUCGUAGCCGACUUGCUGAUGACCUUGACCAUCCCUCUUAGAGUCUUAAGUGAUGCAGGUGUGGGUUCCUGGCAUCUGCGUGCCUUCCACUGCCGAUACUCUGCGGUUCUCUACUACAUCACGAUGUACAUCAGCAUCCUUUUGCUGGGUCUGAUCAGCCUGGACCGCUACCUGAAAAUAGUAAGGCCCUUUGGGAAGGGUUCCCUGCAGCGGGUCCGUGUUGGUCAGGUGCUGAGUGCAGCUGUCUGGGUAGUGAUGUUAUCUCUUGCACUACCCAACGUUAUUCUAAGCGACCAGCCACCCCGGGUGACCGGAGGCAAGCUGAAGUGCACCUCCAUGAAGAGUAAAGCCGGCCUGAUGUGGCAUGAAGGGUUCAACUACUUCUGCCAGGUGAUUUUUUGGGGCACUCUGGCCCUGAUGGUGGUUUGCUACACAUUCAUCAGCAAGAAGGUUUAUGAGUCAUACAAAGCCUCAAAGAGCAGAUGCCAGGCAGCUAGUCGCAGAACCAAGGCAAAAGUAUUUGUAGUGGUGGGGGUGUUUUUCAUCUGCUUUGCCCCCUUCCACUUCGUUCGCGUCCCCUACACUCUGACCCAAACCCGGAGCGUGGUGAGUCACUGCCAAGUUCAGAACGCCAUCUACGUUGCCAAGGAAACCACCUUGUGGCUAUCGGCCACUAAUGUUUGUCUGGAUCCACUCAUUUACGUGUUCCUGUGUAAGGUGUUCAGGAAAAGACUGACAGCUACACUCUGUCGUAAGCCACUCCACAAAGGUACCAUGGAAUCGCUCACAGGAACAUCCACUCAGCUGGAAAUGUCACAAUUGGCAACCAAUAACAAACCGUCAAGUAAAGGGACGCCACAGUAAGACAAUGGACAGUCAACAAUGGGACAGAAUUGUAAUACCAAGGCAAGAUGGGGCACUGCCAGAAAGAAUGUGUAUUGAGCAUUUUAUCUAUAACCAAGGGUGUAAAAAUAUAGAAUCAAAGCAAGGUGACAAAAAUCUGAUAAACUGGACAACGCUGUGUGAGUACAGAAAAAAAGUCUGAAAGUUCAAGUUCCAUGACAUGUUUUUGAUGCUGUCCCAACCGAGCAUUUCUCGCCUUUGUUUGCAAAGUCAUCCAACACAUUUCCUUAAUUGUGCUUAUCGUCAUGUUCAACUUCCUUCUCUUUAAUCUUUCUCAAACUGCACUUUCCCCUCACACAACUUUGGCUGAAGGGGGAACAUCUUGACAGCAUAUAUUCUCCAAUGAGUACACAGCAAGCAAAAUGUGACCAUGCACUGAAUGAUAGCAAAAUGUGUAUGGAGCAAAAGACUGCAAUAGGCUUUGUUUAUAGCUGUAGGCCUAACUUCUGUGCAAUAUAUAUUUACCAAUAAUAAUAAAUAUUUUCCAUGCUACAAUUA